UGGCGGAAAUGAUAAAUUAGCAGUAGACAUCGCUGUGAUUAGCAUCUCAAAGUGGGGCAAAUGACUUGCGUCGUCUGUCUGGGUACUGAACUGCCCACGUAAAAGGGGGUGUUGUCCACUGUAACUGGUGCACAUUUUUUUUUAAUCAGCUUUGUAUUCAUGUGGCCUUAAGAUGGUAACAACAUCUACUCAUUUUUGCAAGUAAUUAAAGAGAAGAAUAUAUUUUAAAGUUGGGAUAUUAUUUGGAAAUGAGAAAUUGUUUUAAUAUUAAAGGGGAAGAAAAAAAUACCAAUUCACAGUUGAAUAGACAGUUCUCUUGAGUCGUUCAAUUGGUGGAUCCCGGGAAACAACCAAAUCAUAAAAGAUUUUCAGGUCCUUAAUGGCCAACUACUCUACAACCAGAUUUGACCGGUUGGGGUUAAGGACAGGCUUCAGAUGAAGGGCCUGACAGAACCUGGCUGUCCACUGAGGAAACAUGGAGAUCCCAGAAAACCUGAGCCAGGAGCAGAAAGCUGAGGUUGGGGAGGCACCCAGCCCUGAAUCAUGUCCUGACCAGGAACUUCUGGCCAAACUGGAGGAAGCCAACAGGAUGCUGGAGAUGGAUGAGAAAGCCUUUCCCUCCUUGUCUGGACGCUCUCCCACCCCAGGACACUCACGUAAGGGGUCUGGCUCCAGUCUUAUGUCCACAACUUCCUCCAACAGCCAGUUCAGCAACCAGUUGUCCAAUGACAGUGAGGAUGCAGUGGUGGCCAGCUGCAAUGAAACCAUAUGGGAGGUGUGGGGCCAUGUGGUUAAUGACUGGGACAAUGUCAAGAAGAAAGUUUCUUUUCUCAGGGAUUUAGUGCGGAAAGGUAUCCCUCAUGAAUUUCGAGGGAUGGCCUGGCAGCUUCUACUGGGUGUUCAUGACUCCCCUGACAAACAGCUGUAUGCAGAGUACAUGAAGAAAAUUUCACCCAGUGAGAAGCUCAUUCGACGGGACAUUGCCAGAACUUUCCCUGAGCAUGAAUUUUUCAAAGAGAAAGAUGGGUUUGGACAAGAGAGCCUCUUCAAUGUCAUGAAGGCCUAUUCCUUGCAUGACAGGGAAGUUGGCUACUGUCAAGGAAGUGGCUUUAUUGUUGGACUUCUAUUAAUGCAGAUGCCAGAAGAAGAUGCAUUUGCUGUGAUGGUUCGGCUCAUGCAGGGAUACAGACUGCGAGAACUUUUCAAACCCAGCAUGGCUGAGCUAGGGCUGUGUAUGUACAAGCUGGAGUACCUCAUACAGGACCAGUUACCAGCCUUACAAGUCCAUUUCCACACUCAGAGCUUUGACACGUCCAUGUACGCCUCAUCCUGGUUCUUGACGCUGUUCACCACUUCCCUCCCACUCUCCCUGGCCCGCCGCAUCAUGGAUCUCUUCAUUUCUGAGGGUAUGGAGAUGGUGUUCAGGGUAGCAGUGGCAAUACUGCAAACCUGCCAGGAGGACCUUCUGGCCCUGGACAUGGAGGGGUUGCUAAAGUACCUUCAGAAGGAUCUGCGCAGUAGGUUUGAUGCUGAAGCUGACCAAGAGCUGCUGCUGCAGACAGCCUUCCAGGGCCGCUACAGCUCAAAGAAAAUGAAAAGGCUGGAAAAAGACUACACAGCUCUCAAGUCCAAGGAAAAUGAAGAACAGAUUGAGCUGAGGAGGCUACGCACAGAAAAUAGGUUAUUGAGGCAACGGAUUGAAAAUUUAGAAAAGGUUGAAGCAAAUUUGCUUCGUCAAAAGGAAGAGUCAGCAUCACUGGCAGACAAGCUAAUCCAGGACCAGGUGACGAGGGCGCAGGAGGCAGAGGAGACAUACGCCUUGAAAAAGCAUUUGUCUAUCACACGGCAGCAGCUCAAGGACACGCAGACAAAGCUGCAGGAGGCAGAGUCUAUCAUUGGUGAUAUCAGGAGCAAGACUAGCAUGAUGCAGGGAGAAGUUCAUCUGGAUGCAGCUGAAGAGCAGAACCUAAUCCAGCACUUGCAGGAGGAAUUGAUUGCAGUGCGCCUGCGGGAGGCUGAGAGUGUCGCUCACACCAAGGAGCUAAGGAACAAGAUCAGGGAGCUGGAAGAUACAAUUGUGCGACUGCAGCGAGCCCCUAGCAAUGAUGUUGAGCAUCUGCAGGAGGAACUUAUCGCUGUCAAACUGAGGGAGGCAGAAGCCAACCUUUCUCUCAAAGAACUCCGACAGAAAGUUAAUGAAAUUGAGACUUAUUGGGAAGCCCAUAUGGAACGCAGAGCAAUGACGGCCUCACCCAAAGAGAAGAGCUCCAAGGCAGAGGUCCGUCAUCUUCAAGAGGAAGUAAUGACCAUCAAGCUGAGAGAAGCUCGUGUUUUGACUGACUUAAAGGAGACCAAACAGAAGGUCAUGGAGCUAGAAACACAGAAUCAGAUCUGCCAGAACCAGAUACGACGCAUGGAUGACGACAACAAGACACUGAGGCAGCAACUGGCGCAGGCUGCAGACCGUGAGCGUGACCUGCGGGUCACCAUCAAAGAACUGGAGCGUAAGCUGGGUGACGUGGAAUCUACGAGGAAGGAAGAAGCUAUGAUGGCCAGAAUCAAGGAAGCCGAGAGUGUGCAGCUGAUAGCAGAACUACGACAAAAAAUUGCAGAAAUUGAUAUCCAAAGGGAGGAGAUGCUUGCUGCCGGACAGUUCCAGACCAAGAUGGACAAGGACGACCUUGAGAGUCAGCUUUAUGACUUGCAAGACCAGGUGAUUCAGCUCAAGAUGUCAGCCUCUUCUCGCACUGACAGCAACUUCAACAUCAUGACAGCCAGUUUUUUGACACAGCACGACUCUGACGAAGAGUGGGAUGUGGAAGUCCGUGACUCAGAAAAUUUGGAUCGGACGUUGUCUGACAUCAUCGAGGGCAGAUCACCUUUUUCAACACCCAGCAAGCCCAUUCCUCGCUUUGACUCUUUAGAUGGUUCUGGCCUUGGUCAUCUGUUUGCUGACAAUGAGGCUAAACAUUCCUCUAGUUGUUCAGAGAGCCUUCAAGAUUCAGAGGAGGGAAAUGGACAGAGUGGAAAGCCACCAUCAAGCAGUGGUGAAACAAACAUUGCUUUCAGAUAUUCUGCCCCCAGUUGGGAUGGUGCACCCAAUACCCAUACCUUAGAUAACCAUGACUGUCUGGAGACAAGACAAACACCACAAGAUGGCACCACAAGCUGUGAUAAAACUGUACUUGCCCACACAAGUGCAGUAGGUGCAGCGACAGGCAAGGCACAUGCAGACUUGCUGCAGCAGAAUGGACACUUGCAGAAUUCCAUCAAUGGCAACUGUGAGGACAAGUCUGGUGAAGAUAAAACUUGCUUUCACACAUCUCAAGAUGGCCUUCUUGUUAAGGCUUCCAGGACAGAAAAGUGAAAUGCAUGCUGCAUGCAGGUGCUGCCUUGACUUGGCUUCUCCAUUCUGCAGCUGACAUGCUGGACAUGAAGACCACACAGUUUGUGCAUGCAUACGUCUUCAGUUCAUAUUGUGCAAGACAUGGAGACCAUACUGUAUGUGCAUGCAUGUGUCUUCAGCUCAUAUUGUGCUAGACAUGGAGACCACACUGUAUGUCCAUGUUCAGUUUGGGGGAAAUGACAGAAAAAAACCCACUCCAUUUUAUCAACAAUAAGCGGCCCACAGCAACCCCAUCUGGAGGAAUAGGUUGCUUCAGCACUUGUUCCUUCUCUUGAUAUGCCAAGGCUUCUGUAAGAUACACUAUAUCCUCGUAACUUUGUAGGUACCCUCAUAUAAAGAGACCUUUGUAGGCACCUUUAUAUAGAGACUUUAGUAGGUACCCUCAGAUAAAGAGAUGACAUACAAACGGUAAGGAAACCUAAGUGUGGUUUGUGAUUUGUGAACCAGUGGCUUGCUUUGUCCCCCAUGUAGUAGCAUGCUGGUAAUUUCUGUGCUGGAUUGUUGAAGAUCAGAUAUCCUUCUUUACAUCAUAUAGCACCUGGCCAGUUUGCACUUGUCUUGCCUUUGUAAUUAGCGAUGUAUAACUUUGGUGUUAUCCCCUUUGAUGGCAACAUGUAUGUGAUAUUUUGAUGUCACGUGUGGAUAGUGUCUGGGUAUUGGUUAUUUUUUUCCUGUUUAUUGAUUUGUUUAUGCCUGUAAUUUUAACUGCCCUGUUGACCUGAAUGUUCAGCUUGAGCCUGCAUCACAAAUGUCCCCUCCCUGCAACGAGUAUUUUCAUAUCGGCAACAAAAAGGAUGGUGAGUAUCCUCAUCUCAUCAUCGUCUUAUCAGUGAUAUUACCAGAGAGUUUCUUCAGGGUUUAUUUUAAUAUCAGGUACUGCACUACAUCACCACUCAGAAUAUGAUAGCUUUUGGAAUAUUGUUAUGUGUUUAGUGUAGAUAUAUAUGUGUGUGUGUGUAUAUGUGUGUAGAAGGCAUGAAAAACAUAUAGAAGAAACUGGAUUUCUGUUUGCUGCUAUUUUACUGCUAUUUCUUGUGUUUAGUAGCAUUGAUCUUGAUCAGUGUAAAGACAAAAAUCUAAAAUAAUUAUUGCUCUGAGACAUGUACUUCGAAAAAUACUCCCGGUUUAACUUGUUCCUCUUUCUGAGACUUGCUGGAGACUUCUUAACACAUUGGCAACAUUGCAUACUAUGCACAAUCUGCUGCUCAAAGUAGGUUGCAGACAUAACAUGUCAUUUUUUUUUUUCAGAAUUAGGAUGUGUGCUAAUGGGCCGAAACACUAGUAUAGCUAUACCUCAAAUUGAGAUAAAUCCCUAAACUGGCCCACAGAAGUUAACAAAGUGUAUAGAUUUUCUCUACCUCCCUUUUUCUUUCUAAAAAAAUAUUGCAUCAGCGAUGUGGUGAACACAGUGGUCGGUGUGCAUCAGAAAUCUUAGAAAAAGAUCCUUGAAACAAAAACAUAAAAAGAAGCAAUGCUGACAGAUAUAGUUAAUCAGAUCAUCUAAUUGUGACAACUGUCAAGGACAAUUCACACAAAAUGAGGAAGUAAUUGUGGAUGAGCCCAUGGUGAUGAGGUGGGUAAAAGAAAUAUGGAGAUCACUGAAAAUCCUGACCUACAGUGUUGUUAAAUAACAGCGAAAGACAAUAUUUCUGACUCUGCAUUGAGUGAUUUCAUCAGUAGUGCCAAAAAACAAAAAAAAUCAAAUACCCUUCCACCAUCACCACCACUAUACUUCAUCACUGCUUCAGCUUGGCAAAGGCUGCUCGACUUGCUACCACGAUAGGACUGUAAGCCUCACCAGGUUGGCAAGGCCAUAUGCUGCAAACUAUAAAUGGGGCACAUAGAUCAGGAACUCGCUGCUGAGAUUCAAACUGAACAAAUGGAAACCUGUUGCUGUACAAAAAAAGACAUCCUACAAAUAUUUGUUGCGAAGCCACAGGAGUUGCUUGAUAUCUUUCAGAUUAGACUUCCUCGUCAGAAUGCAUAUUUUAAAUUUCAGUUAUACUAUAACUUAUAGCUUUGAUUUGUUCUCAUUUCUUUUAAUUCUUUAUUGACAAUAUUUUGAAAACAAUAAUGAAGCACUUUUAUAUAGUGCUUUUCCUGGUACACCUCAAUGUGUUUUGCAGCUGUAAAGCACACACACAGCCAACAAACAUGCAUAAACACAAGCCAGUUGCACACACAGCCAGAAUGACAUGCACAAGAAGACCCACAUAAAUCACUGGGACUGCAAGAAAAUAAGUUGACAGAGCCCUCAAAAUGCAAUCUUAACCUGAAUAUAGUUAUGCUUUGGAAACCAGUGCAGUUUAGCAAGUAUGUUAUGUGUUCUUUUUUUUCUGCAAAGCAAGAAUUAUUUUGGAACAUCUGGAAGCAAUUGAUCUGUUGUUGAGGGAGGCCUAUAGGUAUGGAGUUGCAAUAAUCAAGCUGGGACAUCACUGUUAAGAUACAAGUCUGGUGCAGCAGUCAGAGACAAAGAACUAAUACAGACAGUUUGAACAAGCUCCAGGAAGGCUGCAUGACACAGACAGCAUGGAGAGUGUUUGGUCAACAUAUAUACCAAAGUAUAUCGUGGAAGCUUUCAAUGAAAUGUCAUCACCAAAGUCCAUACGAAUCAAGAUGUGACACAAUAGCCACAGUUAGUACCUCAGUCUUAAAUCGGCAUUAGUUUUAGGUUAUUGCUGUUAUCCAUGAAAGAACUUUCUGAUUGGGAUAUAUUGGAUAGCUAUCGCUCUGAUAUAACCUGCUCUUCUUUCAUAUAUCAUGCACUUUGGUGCAACUAUUCAGUGGUUUUUUUUUUUCCUGGAAUUGAUUACUAAUAGAAGCUAACCCUAGACCACUACAUAAAAGCACUGAAGAGGCAGAUCUGUAAAAUGUUGCACGAGAACAUGAUCAACAGCUCAUCACUCUGUUGUGUACUAGUCCAGGGUUGAACAAAUUAACAAUGUAUGUAGGAAGAUGGAAUAGUUUUUAAGCAUGUUGUUGGUCAGGAUUACAAGAUCAGUGGGAAAAGGUCUGAAAGUUUAUUUAAAUUCAGAAACUGGAUCAGACAUCAUUCCCCUAUGAAGUGAUCACACCAUAGGCACUGUACCACUCUACCAUAUUACCAAAGACUUGCACAAACAUUUUUAUUUGGCUCUUCAUCUUGAGCUUUUAAUAACACUUGUUUUCUUUCUGUAUUUAUGUAAGCCUUGUUUUCUAUUUGUGUAUGCCUUGUGCUAAACGAGACAAUUUAUGGAGGUUUGCCGUAGCACUUGUCACAGCAUUUUUUUCAUUCUUAAUGUUUUCAGUCAGACACGGCUUUUGUGGCUGAUUUUAUUGAUGACAUCUUUAACGUUUGUUUACUGUCUCUGGUACUAUGAGAAGAGCUUGCAAUAACAGGUCUGUUGCAAUUUGUGCUACCUUAAACUAGAUGUUAAUGUAGCGAUGUGGUGAAUGUCCUGUGAGUGCUAAUGAGCACAAUGAUUGCUACUUUUAAGUAUGUUUUAAUACAGAUGUUCUUUCCCUUUCUCUCAUGCUUUUAAAAAUACCACCAUAUAUAUGUACACAUCAAAAAGAGGGAGACUUUCAUUCAUUGGUCGGUGGUUUAAAAACAUUGUCCUGCAUUUUCAGGUCCUGUAAGAUACAUGUACAAGAAUUUGUGCACAGAGUUGAGAUAAAGUGAUUGGGACAGUC